UUUAACGAAUUGUAAAUAAACUUUUUUUAAAAAUUUUAACUUUUGGAUUUGAUUGUUUAUUUUCAGUUCUUUUGGUGAUGUCUUUCCAUGUCUGAAGAAGAUAAAUUCACCACACAUCAAUACUCAACACGAUCAACUGGUCCUGCUCCUAGUCUCAUACCAAUCUCCACUCAAACAAAAAAACAAGAAAAAACCAAAACAAAAGAAGAAAAUUACUGUUGACUUGACUGAAAUUCUAGAAGAAGAAAUGGCAGAUCAAGGUGCUUCAAACGCCGGUCAAGUUGUGACUCAACAUAUCACUUUACAGCAACCACAUACCCAAGGUCUCCCAAAAGAUGAGGUAGUAAAUCUCGAAAAAGACAUGGCUGACAAAACAGUCGGGGGUGUCAGCGUAUUUAACAAUCAAGGAUAUGCAACAUACACUGGUACUAUCCCAUUUGCCAAGGUUGACUGUGCCGAUUCUACUGAAUGUUUCAACAAUUUGGUUCGCGGAAAACUAGCAUCACCUUUCCCAGCAUUCCCGGUAGACACAACUCGUACUGGUAUGAACACUCACGAGUUUUACAUUUGGUUUUGUCAAGCAGCUGGUAUGGGAUAUAUUCUUGACCGUUUAACAUUGUCUGCUGAAAAAAUUUCAUCUGAAAACGCAAUGCGUUAUGGUAUUGGCACUUUGGUCUCGUACAAAAUCAAUGAAUUGACCGUUUAUCCGAUGAGUGUGGUCGACAAAGUUACUUUCGCCAUUUUGAAAUCAGCAUAUCCUGCUUCAAUAAUGACAGAGGCGUUGUGGAUUACCUACAACCAGAAUCAAAAAUUUUCGUAUUUGGGAACAAUUUUCAAUUACACUUUCAUGACACGUACUUCAAUGACUGUUACUCAACUAAUUGCAUAUUCAUAUGCAAAGUUUUGCUUUGCUAUGAUAGGAAAAGAACCUUCAACUUCAACAUGCAAUCUGGUCAAAGCUUUAACAGGGGCCAAAGCUGACUUCUAUUUCACCCCUGUCGAAAUAGGGGUAUGGGAUGACAUGGCUUGUGUUACAACCGAAUUGAAACAAGAGAUGUUGAAGUCCAUGUUCAAACGACCCAAUGAAUUGACUGAACUGUUUGAAAUUUUGUACAACCGGUUCAAAACAUAUGGCCUAACAUCCAUGAUCGCGAUCACCGAAGCUAUUGACAAGUUCCCUCAUUUCCCUUGGGAUUAUAUCACAUCAGAAUGGUAUCAUGGUGAAAUGGAUAAAUACAUGUCAGCUGCUGAAGCAGUUACCGCCUUAGAAUUUCCGGCAUUGUAUAAAGAUGUUCUUACCGCACAUCCAGUAACCGGCUAUCGAAAGCUGGCAGGUUUUUGUGCUAAGGUCCUUGAAUUCAGUGGUGUUAAUAACACCUUGAGAAACCAUGAAGGUCUCAAGCGGAUCCGUUUACCAGAUGACCGGGUCCAGUAUAUUAAAGGUCUCGUUGCUGCACCAAUUGGAUCGAGAAACCAGAGAUUUUCACAGACAACAUAUGAUCGAUUGAAAAGAUAUUCAAUGAAAUUGUGUGGUGCUAAUUUUGAUGAUCCGAAUAUUGCCGCAAGCCGACAAGGUAUUAUAUAUGCAAAAAUCCGAGAACGUGAAGAACAAGAACAAGCUCGAAUGCAGCAAAUGUUACAACAAUUUCAUCAACAAGUUGGGCCGAUUCCUGCAGCACCAGCUGCCCCUCGCCAGUGAGACAUUUUUGGUUUGUUCUCAGUCUUAUACUUUUUUCAUUUUUAUCUUUUAUUCCAAUUUAAAAAAACUAAACUUUUGAACUAAAAAACUUUAAAAAAAAACUAUGAAAGAAGAUUUGAAGUUCAUGAUUAUGCUGAUUGUUCAAAAUAUCUUGGCCUUAACAUCGAGGUUGAUAAUGCUGCAAUCUUCAUUGAUCAAACAAAAUAUAUUGUUAGCAUACUCAUGCCAGACUCUUGGAUAGUGUUACAGUCUAUUAAAAUAUCAAAUUUAAACACAAA